UCAGAAGUCUGAACUCGGUCUGUUCAAGUCUCAGAGUGCACCCUUGUGUUCCUGGGGCCCCAAGAAGAGAAGGAAGGCACCUAUUUGUCUGUUUUAGUAUUUGCCAGAAGCCUUUGCAAUGGCUGAUGGAGCAGAGUCUCUGAUGACUGUGCAUCUCCUCGCCCAUUUGGGACACUCAUUUCUUCUGCAGCAAACKCUGGAUCGGCUUUUGGAGUGGCUCUGCCUGGACAUUCGCCUUUUCCUGGUGUCUGAGCGAAUUCCUCCCCUGAAAUACUACGAGAGAUACUGCAAGAGGAGCUGCGGCUUUCCUGGAAUAUCCGUCCUCCUUUUCCUGCACGAAGACUUGGGAGAAGAUCGGAUUUUCCAGGUGCACGAGCAGUUCCAGCGCCCACCCUGGCGGUACCAGCGUGCCCAGUUCACUAACGGGCACAGCCCCCUCUAUCCCCCAGCCCACCAGGAUUUCUACGGGCUGGACGAGCAGCUGCCCGUGUGGGGCAUCAGGAGGGUGCACUGCGGCCCCGAGAUCCUGCGGGUCACCCUCUACUGCAGCUUCGAUAACUACGAGGAUGCGGUGAGGCUCUACGAGAUGCUGCUGCAGAGRGAAGCCACCCUGCAGAAGGGCACCCUGUGUGUGUUUGUGCUCCACGCCACCCCGCACGUGGCUGUGCAGCUCUGCCUCAAGCAGUUGCCCAUCGGGGUGGCUGCUGAGCCCAGGGGCUCCUCGGCCCUGCAGUUCAAGGUGAGGGAAAUCGGGCAGCUGGUGCCCCUCCUGCCCAACCCCUGCGUUCCCAUCAGCAGCACCAGGUGGCAAACACAGGACUAUGAAGGAAACACCAUUCUGCUCAAGGUUCAAAGCAGCUCCAAGCCCCCUGAAAAGAACAUUGGGUUUUCCCAGCAGCGCAGCAAUACGAGCAGUGGGAAAAUGCCGCAGGACUGUGUCCCAGCCCCUCUCCCUGUAAGGCGGGGACGGAGAAGCCGGGAGCUCAGAGCUCUGAGGGGCAGGACAAAAUCUGACCCAGGUGAAAYCGCUGCCUCUGAGCAAGCCAGCAGUGAGCAGCAGAGUCCCCGGUGUCCCCCUGGCGGUGUCCCCGCAGCCCGGCCGUGCUGGGAAGCGCCGUCGCUCCGCAGGCAGRGCGGGAUGCUGCGGGCUCCGCUCCCGGACCAGCAGCGCGGAGCCGAGACCARCGUGGACACCGGCAUGGCCGUGGGCAGUGCCCGCUGCCCGCUGAGCCAUUUCUGCGGGGCCCUGCGGAGCAGCCUCCCUCAUCUGCCAUCCCCGGCCAGCAGCGCCCUGCCCUGCCCGGAGCGGCCCCGGGGGCUCCGCGCUGCCAGCGCACCGAGCGGGGCCAUGGGGCCGGGAGAGCCGGAAUGCCGCUCGCCAGCCCCGCGGGACUGCCCCGCGCCCGGAGAGCACGACGACGAGCAGGAAUUCUUUAUAUGACUGACCCAAACGUGCCACGUGGACUGAUCCUUCCCACGACAAGGAGGAAUUCUUUAUAUGACUGACCCAAACGUGCCACAUGGACUCAUCCUUCCCACGACAAGGAGGAAUUCUUUAUAUGACUGACCCAAACGUGCCACAUCCUUCCCAAAGUACCGCACAGCGCUCCUGGGUGCUGCUCAGGGUGCACCUCUGCAGCUGGGACACCUCAGCAGCGCAGUCACUGAGGUGGACACCAAUUUACCAUGGAGAGAUGCUAAGGGGAUGCAGGAAAGCAGGGAAAAUAGUUCUGUGUGUACAGAAGGUUGUUUUGGUUUGGUUUUUUUCARUGCUCAGUAGGUGAGGGGUAAGCUGUGUAAUGAGCAAUAAACAAUGAGCCAUAUGACUCCUACAGCUGUUCUCASACGCAAUAAAUAGACAGUGACAUCUUCAGAUGGGUUUGGAAGGUGCAGCCAGCCUGAGCUGCCCAGGGCACUCACCAUCCCUUGCCAGGACACCCUGGAACAAGGCUGUGGCAUGGUCACUGUGCUAACGCUGAUUUUCCUUUGUGUUGCUUCUUGCUUCCCCUGGUAUCUAAAAUCUAUCAAUGUUGUCAAUUUUAUGCAAGAUUUGAAACAUAAGAAUGUUCUUUUAAGUAUUUCUCAAGAAAAAUAUUUCUAGCGAGACCUUUUUUUUUCCAACUCAGCGCUGUACACACAAAAAUCACACACUUGAAGGGAAGCGCCAGUAAAUCCUGCUGUUGCCUAUUUGUGUGACACUUCACAAAAUAAACACAGCAACAGGCCAGGCCUUGUUAGACCAGGGUGCAGUUAUCAGCAGGCAAUCCUAGCUGGGUUUUAAUUCACAGAAGACAAGAGACGUGAAGAGUCUUGGAGGGAAUUGCUGAAUGCUGGAGAGUGAAGAGGACAGGAGAAAUGAAGUCAUGUUGCAGCAAAGAUGCUGAAAUAACUCCCAUCUUGAUCAGCUUUCUCGAGUAGGAUUAAAUGAACCUCAGAGGGAAAGACAUGGGAAGAGUAUGAAGGAGGAGUGAGAAUAUUCAAAGAAAAGCCACAUCUGAUCACACUUACCUUCCAAACAGUGCAACAAAAGGUGUUUUCUCCCUUGAAUAUAUCUAAAUUCUGUGGGGGGUAUAGGGCAAUCCCCGUUCUGGGCCCUCCCAGCUGGUGCUGCCCUGCAAAUGAUGCUCAUGAAUCCUUCAUUUUGGGGACUGAAAGCUGCAGAAGGGACACUGCAUUCACUGGACACCUACAAACAUCCCCCAGCUUUUCACAAGCUCUGCAAAAAUUGUGGACUUUUUAAUGAGUCAUACUGCGAUAUUUUACAUCUAUAAGGGUGAUUAUUUAAUCUUCCCUGGCACACUAAAAACAGCCAGUGCUUUUCAGAGCUGGGGAAAUGUCUGRUCAGUGGGGAAGCAGCCAAGAGGAGCUUGCAGGGGCUGUGUGCCCGGGCUAGGAGGCACACGGGGAGAGGAGGGGGAUCAGAGCAUCCYAAAGAAAGAUUUCAUAGCCUUCUCUCUACUCUCUCAUGCCAGAAGUACUUGAGAGUGACUGUUUAGCAUAAUCCUAUUUUACCUAAAAGAAAAAUGGUGCUUAAGAGGUAGAAGGUCAAUAUGUGGGCUGGGGGAAAUGUUCCAUCAUUUAAAAAAAGAAAGGGACAAUGGUACAAGUUUCACCUGCCUGCAACGGAUCCUGGAAGAGAAGGACUUCAAGUCAAAGGCAGACAACUCUGAAAAUACUGCUUGUAASAGUGAGCAUGUAAAAUCCAUGUAUUUUAAGUGCAGGAUACACGUUGUAGAAAUGCUGUGUUACACAGGCAGGUGUGGUGGGUCUGAGGGCACAUUUCUCCAUGGAUGGAUUCAGUGGUGGGAGGCAAAGAUUCACAUUUUCUAGACUCUUCAUAUCUCUGCAGCCUCUAUUUUCUACCUCUUCCUUGCACCCUGUGCCAUUUCUUUCAGGUUCUUUUUUCU